AUGUCUACAAAGACUGUGUCGACUUUAAAGUUCGUGGGAUCUAUUUCCCUCGGUUUACUUACUGGCGUUUCCUAUACCCUCUCGUCCCUCACAAUCCCCGCUUUCCUCACCCUCCCAUCCGCCACCCUCGCAUCUCGUUCCUACAGCUCGCUCACUUCUCUCGCCACAACCCACACUCGUGCCCUCACCUGGAUUUCCUCAUGGUCAUUCCUUCUCGCCUUCUAUUUCUCCCCUCGAGGACAAAGACACCCGUAUCUUCUAUGGACAUCUCUAUUCGCCGCCUCAAGCUCAAUCGUUGAUAAAUUAAUCCCACUUGCCAUAGGCUCCACCGGCCCACGACGCAUUGCACAAAAGAAAAGGUCAAAGAAAGCGAUGAGCCCUAGACAAAUGGAUGCUAGUUACGAGGUGUUGAGCAAAAGUGCGAGGGAUUACGAAAGUGCGGGGUUGGCUAGUAGCGAGGAGGAAGUGGAUGAUAACGUUAAUGGGGAGGAAGUGAGAGAGGAAAUGGAGGGGUUUAUGAACAGACAAGUAAUCAGGACGGUGGUUGCGGGAUUGGGCUUUGCGAUGAGUGUUGUGGGUAUCUGGGGAGAUGGAGGAUUUACCGAGAUCAUUCUGGUUGAUGUUGUGUAA